AUGGUGGGACCAAGAAGGCCACAGUUCGUGUUAUUUGGUUCGUCAAUCGUUCAAGUAGCUUUGGUAAGCAAGGUUGGGGUGCGAUUCUCGCAGACAUUUACGCUGGAAAGGAAAGCUGUAGAAGUUUUGGAUCAAAUUUUUCGAAAGGAUGAAGCAAUACAACCAUCUUUGGUGAUAGUUUAUUUUGGAGUUGAAAACAUGAGAAAUAUUGCUAUCCAUCUCAAGAGCCUUUCAGAGAAGACACGCAUAAUAUUUCUUAUUGCUCCUCCUGUGAAUGAGGCUCAAAUUCUACAAGUUUUGGGUGUUGAGGAUCGAAAAAAUGAACAAUGCAAAAAAUACGCAGAUGCUUGUGUAAAAUUAAGCCAUGAGAUGAAGAUUAAAGCUAUUGAUCUUUGUACUGCAUUUAAGCAACAAGAUGAUUGGUUGACAACUUGCUUUACAGAUGGGAUACAUUUAUCUCCGGAUGGGAGCAAGAUUGUGGCAAAAGAGAUUUUGAAAGUUAUUAUGGAAGCUGACUGGAAACCGAGUUUGGAUUGGGAGUCUUUGCCUGUGGAAUUUGCAUAAUCCUGUCGGUUCUGAUGGCAGAUAAUCUGCCAUCACGACCGACAGACAGUAUGUUUGAUGAAGUUUGAGGUUGUAUGAGAAAAAGGGUUUGUAUAUUGUUGUUGGGUUAUCUUGUUUUAUUCCUUGGUAUGACGAUUUAUUGAAGUUAAAAAUCUCAAAAAAAAAUCAUAAAG